CUUCGCUUUUGUUCGUCGGCCGCCACCGUCUGUGUGUGCGAGUGAUCAUCGUAUGCCCUCGGGACUCGCGUUUGUUACUGGAAUACCUUCCUGGUUAUGGUAGCUUCCGGUUACCGGGAAUCUGAGAGCCCAAGCUCCUCCGUAGCUCUCGGUUUCCCUCGCCCGAGGUUCUUCCGCUACCGCCGAUUGAGGUGAACCAGCGCCGGCUCCCAUCCACUCGCCGCCUUAACUGAUUUCGCCUUUCUGUCGCGGAAGUGAUGCCGAACACGAAGGCUCACCGGAGAGGCCACGAGGAGAGGAACCGGAAGGGGAAGCAGCUGCUGCUGUCGGACAAGGCGUGGUCGUUCCACGGGAGGAGUCCGGCGGCGAUGGAGGCGGCGAAGCCCCUCCCGAGGCCGAGGACGGUGCCGGACCUGCUCGCGAGGAAGAGCCUCGCCCAGGCGUCUGCGGCGGCGGCCGAUGAGAAGCCGCGCCUGACGAAGCUCCUCCUGAACGUGGCGUUGCAGGGAAGCGUCGGGCCCGUACACGUUGUGACGACGCCAGAAUCGACGGUCGGAGAUCUGAUCGCGGCCGCUCUCCGGCAGUACCGGAAGGAAGGACGCCGGCCGAUAUUACCAACCGCCGAUCCUUCCGGCUUCGACCUCCAUUACUCUCAAUUCAGCUUAGAGAGUUUGGACAGAGAGGAGAAACUGAUGGCGCUAGGGUCGAGGAACUUCUUCCUCUGCGCGAAGAGGCCCCCGACGGACGGCGUCACAGCCGCCGGAAGCGGCGGCGCAUCGCCCGCGUCGUGCGGGAAGGAAGCCCAGGAGGUGUCGAAGAACGGAUUCAAUUGGCUCAAGUUCAUGAAUUUCAUGCUGUGAAGUAAUAUCCCUCUGCUCAGUGCGCUGGUGAACGUCAGCUCCAAUUUUUUUUUUUUUUUUCAAUUGCUAGACUUGUGUAAAAAUAAGUCUUGGAUUGGUAAUUUUUUAGAUA